AUGUUCCAUCACCAAGGCAUUAAUUAUUGUCCUUUGUUGAUGUUGCUCAUUUAUUACCAUGGAAAGUUUGUCGAUCCAUCAAUAUUUCACAAAAGUGUAACAUUUCUCUCGGAGAACGAAUCGUUUACAUCACCUGUAUAGGAUGGAGAAGUAUUGAUCACGCACCUGCGUCUGCGACCCAGGAGAGACACAGGAUCCCGACUCUUGUGAAUACACAUUAGUAUGGAAUUUAGAACCAAAGGACUUGCCAGACCAGAACGUUUCCGUAACACGGGGAACACAUCCAUCUAAUUAACGCUGUAACAUUGAAGAUUCCAUGACUCGUGCUUGAUUUCACAUCGUGUUUAAAAGUCUGAGGUCGUGGCAGAUUUCGUUUUUAUCUUGAUUACUAGUUGAUUGGAUCUUGUUUCUUUUGUAUCGAUUGGAGGCGAGGAAUGAAGUGUGGGUAUAUAGCCAUUUAAUGGAAAGUCUGCUGCCUUUUUAUGUUUGUAGUUUAACCGGUGAAGUGUUGCUCCUAUAUGCAAUCUGGAUUUCAAAUUAGGCAUUGUGUCACCAGGACAAAUCUAUUAGUCCGCUUUGGUAAUAACUUUAUUGACUUAGAGAGAAAAUCUGUGCGUAUCAUUACAUCCGCGGGUGAUUUCCUUAUGGAGUGUUCUAAACACUAGGACCAAUAUUUACAUUCUUAUUCUAACCCCGUAAAAAUUUGUUUAAGUGAAGCCAUCGGUGUGGUUUAGUCCUCGCCUGACGAUCGUUUUAUGAUAUUGGUGUCAGGCCCGAUUAUUGCUAAAUCAAUCUAUCUUCUCCGAUAAAGGAUUCAACGUAAAUAAGCGACUGACAAGAAGCUCUCGAGCAAACCUUUUACUGGAGGGGCAAUAUUUCAAAUAUGGACGGAAAGUUGAGUGCGGACUUGUUGAAAGUUCACAAUGCUAAUAUUAAAAGAGAACACACACCAGAAAAGGGCACGAUGGCAUCCUCCGCUAGCAAUGUGAGUGGUCCAACAACGACGAGGCUAAGUAUGAAGAGCAAGAUUUUGGAGGGCGGGGGAGGAGGAAGUCAGGAUCGGUCGGACAAACACUCGGAAACAAGUAGUAAAAUUUCUCUUGUUCCAGGAAACAGAUUCUCCAGAAUCCGGACAAAGUUAAGGUUACAUACCUUGUUUGGUGGUGCUUUGUCAAAACGGUCAGGAUCGGAAAGGGGAGGACCCACGAAGGUACUGGAGAAUACAUACAAAGUUGGGCCGGAGGAAGGGACAAAAUUCAAUCCUCAAAAAGGAGAACAGAUCAUUACUAAUGUGCUAAAUAUGUACUUGAAAGAUAGAGUUUACGACGAGAAAAAGUUUCCACAGCUGUGUAAAACAUUGUCUGAUUUAAUCAAGGAGCGUGUAAAACUAUCUGGACUCAAACGGUAUAAGGUGAUAGCGUAUGUGAUGGUGUUCGAAAAUAAGAAACAGAGUAUUCACUACACAAGCCGGUGUCUUUGGGAAUCGAACCUCGACAAUUUCGCUUCAGCGAUGUACAAUGGGGCUGACUUUGUUGCCAUAGGAACUGUUUUUGCCACUUAUUACGAUUGAACGUUGUAAAGCUUAUUUGUUAUUAAUUACAAGAGGUACACUUCUCAAUGUCUGGAGCACAUGAUUUUAAUUUUACUAAAAAAGCAUUAAGAAAUAAUCCAGAAAAAAUGUUAGUUUUCAAGUUAUGAAUAGUUUUACUUGUAAUUUUAAAAAGCAAUGUUUUAACAAUGAUAUUGUUUUACAAAUAUAACUUUUACAAAAUCAGUCUAUAUUCAAAAUAAAAAUGUCUGAAUAAUGGUGUCACCUGUUUGGACACUAGACUCGCCACGAAAUUGAAAAUUGCCUAGUUUGUGGCCAGCUGCAGAUGUGAAUGUUGAUCAAAUUGCACGUGCUUUCUAAAAUUUGGCUGAAACUCUAUAGAGCAACAUUUCCAUCACAAGAAAGAAAAGAUAUGUAAGAUUUUUUGUCAGUGACUUAAUUCUGGAAACAUAAUUUUUCAAUACAAAGCAGUCUGAAUAUAUGCUUAGUGUAGAAGAGUAUCGAUAUCAACUUUUUGUUUGUUUGCUUGCAUGUCCUGUUUACUUUUUUCUGUAAUUGUUGUUGUUGGGGUUUUUUUUU